UAUAAAAACAAAGAAAAAUAAAAUAAUAAAAUAAUAAAAUAAAAAUAAGUCUGAGAGAGAGAAAAGUGAGGGAGAGUAAAUGCAGUUUGUUUGAUACCAUUGAAUGGUAGAAUGGUUUGGUCUGAUAUCAAUUAAUGGCGCCCACCGGAAACCCUGGUUUUCUUGUUCUUUUCUCACCCUAAAACCUUUCAGUUUCUGAACAAAAACGAUUUUUUCUUCUUCUGGAAAUCUACCCAGAAGAGAGAAAGGAGAGAGGAGGAGAGGAAAGAAGAAGAAAAAAAAAGGGUGUUUUUAUGCUGAGGAGGAAAAGCCAUGAGCUGGCGAAGAGUGGCGAAGUCCCUGCAGGCUCUCACAGCCCAUUCCUUGCUUCUCUCCUUCACCCUUCUUCUCGUCCUCAAGCUCCAUCACACCAUAUCCUACUCUUGGUGGAUUAUCUUUUUCCCACUUUGGCUAUUUCAUGCAGUUGUUGCUCGAGGAAGAUUCUCUUUGCCUGCCCCACUAGUUCCACAUAAUCGUCAUUGGGCACCAUGUCAUGCUGUUGUUGCAACACCGCUGCUUAUUGCAUUUGAACUUCUCCUUUGUAUAUAUCUCGAAAGCAUUUAUGCUUAUGGUCAUGCAGCUGUGAACUUGAAGAUCAUCUUUCUUCCCUUGUUGGCCUUUGAAAUAACAAUACUAGUUGACAAUUUCAGAAUGUGUAAGGCGCUAAUGCCAGGAGAUGAAGAAAGCAUGAGUGAUGAAGCAAUAUGGGAGACACUUCCUCACUUUUGGGUUGCAAUCUCCAUGGUCUUCUUUGUUGCUGCUACAUUGUUCACCCUUCUAAAGCUAUGUGGUGAUAUAGGUGCUCUAGGCUGGUGGGACUUGUUCAUAAAUUUUGGCAUUGCAGAGUCCUUUGCCUUCCUUGUUUGUACAAAGUGGUCUAAUCCAGUGAUCCAUAGAAAUUCUCACACAACAGAAGCUGGUUCAUCUUCUACAACUAUUAGAUAUCUUGACUGGAACAGUGGUUUAGUAGUUUCUACAGAUGAGGAUCAGCACCAGGAUAGAAUGUGUGGGCUGCAAGACAUUGGUGGUCAUAUCAUGAAAGUUCCAUUAAUUGGAUUCCAAGUCCUUCUUUGUAUGCGCUUAGAGGGAACACCUGCUGCUGCUAGAGAUAUCCCAAUUCCAGUUCUUUUUUCACCUAUUUUCUUACUUCAAGGCGCUGGGGUUCUGUUUUCUGCAUCAAGGUUGGUUGAGAAAAUUGUUCUUUUACUACAUAAUGGAGCUGGGACAGGAAGAUAUUUUACAUAUUCUUCUAGAGCUCAUGAUUGCUUUGGGUUCCUGCACCAUGGUUCCAGGCUCCUGGGUUGGUGGUCCAUUGAUGAAGGAAGUCGUGAAGAACAGGCACGACUUGUCCAUGAUGGGGCAGGAUAUAACACUUUCUGUGGUUAUCCUCCUGAGAUAGUGAAGAAAAUGCCUAAGAAGGAUCUUGCUGAGGAGGUGUGGAGACUUCAAGCUGCACUUGGUGAGCAAUCAGAAAUCACAAAGUACAGUAAGCAGGAGUAUGAAAGACUUCAAAAUGAAAAAAUUUUAUGUAGAAUUUGCUUUGAAGGAGAGAUCAGCGUGGUUCUUCUUCCAUGCAGGCAUCGUAUCCUUUGCAGUACCUGCUGCGAGAAGUGUAAAAAAUGCCCAAUUUGCCGUGUCCCAAUCGAGGAACGCUUACCUGUGUAUGAUGUAUAGGCUUUUUAACUUUUUAACUUACACAGUUUUCGUUUUGUAAGCCCCCAUGAAUUGGAGUUCACAUAGAAGGAGAGGUUUAAAAGGCUUUACAGGAAAAUGCUACACGUUUCUUUUUUUCUUGUAUUUUUCCUCUCUUGUUUUCCAGAAGCAUUUUGAAAUAGUGAGUGGUGUUUGCUCCAUUUAAUGGAAAGCAAGCAGUAGGGGGUUAAUGAGUAUAUCAAGAUUGGCUUGUUGCUUUCCUAUUUGUAAAUAUGCUAACUCUUAUUCAAGAAAAAAUGUAACUUUGAGCAGGGUGCAAUAUGCCCAAAAAAAGCCACUGUCAUUUUCAUUUCUUCCCUCGGAAGAACAGAGAAAGUUAGAGUUGUGGUGGAGGUUUCCUUGUUUGAGUUGUAAAAGAAAAGACACAGUUUGGUGGAUUCAGUUAAGAGAAAAAUGGGUAUGCCUUGUGUUUCAGUUUGGCUGGUUAACAACCAGAGAAAAAACGAAGAAAAAAACAUAAAGGAGCUUCUGUACUCGCUCUUUUGAAUUUCCAGAAUUUCUGCAGUUUCUUUGAUUGAGUUCAAAUUUAAUUUAAGAGAAACCCAUGAUUGUUUUCUUAAAUAAAAAUGAGAUAAGGCUUAAAAACAAAUCAAUGAUACACAAGCACCAAUAUUACUAGAUUCCAAUAAGAUUGGGGAGCUGGCCACAUCAUCAUUUAUGUCGAGAGAAGUGGCGGUGAUCAGGCGCAGGUAGCAGUGAUGACCAAAGCAUCCGGGGCAGAAGCGGGCACCACAAUGCCCUCCUUCUCGGCUGCUGCUUGACCUCCCAUUAUCUUCUCCACGAACUCAUCGAAGCACUCAUCUAUGGUCCUGAACUGCAUCUCCGGAUAAAGAGACGUGGCUUCUAGGUCUGUAGGUUUAUCCAAGCUGAAAUUUACUUGGCAUCCCUUUAUGAAGAUGUCGUGAGUGAAGGACGCGACGAUGCUAUCGGGAAUGCACAUCUCUGCAACUCUCCAAACGCCAGUUCAGUUUUUCUUGCUAAGUAUCAAAUUUUGUCACUUCAACUUUUGGAAGAAGAACAAACA